UCAGUUCGAUCAAACCCUUGCUCCUGGGUUCUUCUUCACCAUUUCCAUGUGAUUUUAGCUUUCAAUUUGAUGUUGUUAAUGCCAUUUUUCAUUCUUUGAUUCCGAAAUCUGUGACCCGAUGGCCACAUCGGCGUUCAAGUCGACGACCAGAAGAGCUCCGAUUGGGACUUCGGCGCCCUCCACCGACGACUCGCCGACUUCUUCAUCUUCUAAGGUUCACCGGCGUUCUAGAAGUCUUAGUAGAUUCUCUCGGCCGAUUCGUGAGGAGAUUGAACCAGGUGUUCUUCCUACUCCAAGACGCAAAUUUGUUAACACUGUGAGAGGUUCAGGAUUUCCGGAAAUUAGUCUCGAUGAUCUGGCUAUCGAGUUUUUUUCUGGGAAGGAAAACAGCUCCGAGGUAGAAGAUGAGAGUGGAAGCAGUAGAAAUAGCGGACCUGUUCCGGUGAAGUCUGAGAUUAGUCCGGUGACGACCUCGUCUCAAAGGCGUUCAAGGUCUGUAUCGAGGCAUCACAAUGGUGCUAAUUCUGGAGUUUCUGAGGGUGUUAGUGCGACGGCGUUUUCUCAAAGGCGUGGCAGGUCUGUGGCCAGGCGUAACGACGGUACUACUCCUAAUGCUGGUGGUACUACUAGGGUUGUUUCCGAUGCUGAUUUGAGAAGGAGACGCUCUGUGUCAGUUGCACGGUACCAGUUAAGCGAUUCCGAGAGCGAUAUAGAUCAUUCCUGGAGUUCUACCAAUCAACUCAAGUCCAGAAACAUCAAUAAUGGAAAUAGUCGGGUUGCUUCUUUUCAAAGACCCACUGCUUCAAGUCAUCGAAGAUUGAGCAGAUCUAUGAGCCAAACACCUCAAUUGAGGUCACACGAUGGCUACUCGAGCCAAUCUUCUGCAUUGACUGACGAUGAUUCAAGAGAUGCUCGUUAUGGGAAAAAGGAAAUUGAGAAGACUAUUCGAGCCGUUUAUGCACAAAAAAAGAUUGACCACCCCACUAGGGAUGAUACUAACCAUGGGCUUUACGAAGCAAUGAGAAAAGAGCUUAGGUCUGCUGUCAAUGAAAUCAUGAUAGAACUUGAACAGACCAUGGAAAGAAAGCCCUCCGCAUUGUCUGUACAUGAUCGUUUGCAUUCAAACAAAUCUGAUGGUCUUCAAACGGUUUCUACAACAAGAAAGAACUAUACGACAAAGUUAAAACAGCCGGAGAAGCGGAAACAAGAUUUGUCGGCUGAAAAGAUGCUAGAGGGGCAACAGGGUAAGGAUGGGUACAAGAUUGUGAGGGAAGUGCUUCCCGAGCCGAAGAGCACUGCUAAUGCACAGAGAGUCUCACAUCCCAGAAAGAGGAGCAAUGACAGGAGCCACGUGUCUAAACGAUUAAACGAAGAAGCAGAGCAAUACUUUGAAGACUUCAUAUCGAAUGUUGAAGAUACGGAUUUUUCUUCGUUUGAUGGAGAAAGAAGUGACACGAGCUCAACUCUAACCGGAACUACCAAACAAAGAGAUGGUGGUCAAAACGGUAGUCCUGCAGGAUGCAACUCUCUUCCUGUCGAAAUGGAAGGCAUUAAACUACCUUGGUUGAAAUGGGAUGGCAAUGAUGGCGGCCCUCCUACAAGCCGGAAAACAAUGCCGCCUCCCACGACUCCAAAAACAAAACUAUGGGAUCCAUCUCAGGAUUUGGAAUUAAUCCAAGAUGAAGGGAGCAGCAGCCAUGGAAGUUGGAACCCUGAAGAUGAUUCAACAAAUAGCAGCAAAAGGGGAAUGGAUAUGGAGAAGUAUAGGGAGAUUGAGAGGACUGAAAAGGUUCUGUUUGAUAGUUGGAGAGAAAGAAGCAUCAUUAGGUCUGGUGGUCUAUUUCUUUGUGGUACUACUAGCAGCAGUAUAGUUUUCCAUUUUUAGCCCUGUAUUUAUUAUUUAUGUCCAUUGGAUCUUUCUGACCCUUGAUUUCUUAAUUUAUGAGAAGAAGGAAAAAGAGCUAACUGCUACUUCAAUGCUUCUUUAGCAAGAGAUGACAUUAAUAACUAUUCAUUUGUACGGUAUAUAAGUAAUUGAAGAUAU